AGACCCUCUAUGAGUCGCUCGACGUCGGCCAUGGUCCCGUACUGCGGGUCAAUAUCACAGUAGUUGGCUACGUCGUAACCCAUGUCAACCUGAGGCGAUGGGUAAACCGGACAUAGCCAAACGAUGUCAACACCAAGGUUCUUGAAGUAGUCUAGCUUCUCAAUCACACCAGGAAUGUCACCAAUGCCAUCUCCAUUUGAGUCCUUGAAGGAUGAAGGGUAGAUCUGGUAGACAGAUGCCUCCUUCCACCAAGCCUCGCUGACGGGGGUAGAGAUCUCUUGCGUUGCAGAGGGCAUGACUGAUGAUUGUGCUUGCGUGAAUGAAGAUGAAGGAGAGUCCAUGAUGGAAUGAUAGAGACUAUUUGAACAUGGAUGAAGCAAGCCAUGAUGGAGGUUCCGCUGUCAUCACCGAGAAUCUGCCCGCAGAGGAACACAUGAUGCGUCCAACAUGCGCUGUCCCAUCUUAUUUCUCCCGAGAAUCCUCCCUGAAAUCCUACCGAGAAUUUUUCCGACAGCACAGACCCACUUAAUGAGGGCAGCAAAUCGAGCCAGUAAUCUUGCCGAAAUUCUUUCCACCAAUUAGCUCAGCCGAUGCUCAACCCCAGGUUGAGAACCAGAGAAUUCAUCGGGUUUUGUGGAGGAAAGCUGGGGAACAGCAUCUGACCUCCAUGGGGUGAUCUUCCAUGUUAGUUUAUUCUAGACCUUAAAGAUUUUCUCAUGAUCCGAAAGCCGAGGGUCACCAGUCACGUAUGGGCUGACAGUUAAGUGACUUGGUCUCUGGCGAUGCUUCAACUCAGAAAACACAUAUAUAAGCUCAGCAUUGCUCCCAUCUUGAACAAACAAGCCAGAAGGCGAUCAUUUUAUACUUCAGGCACCAAGACAAUCAGCAAUCCCGACCCCAAAUUACCACCAAAUCUCUUUGACCCCUUACAUAUUCGCCAAGAACACUAAAUCGACCGCUACCGGGCGCCAUCAUGGCUGUCAUAUCCUCCCAAGAUACCAAUCCAGGCAAUGCUGUCUAUAAUCGAUAUAAGAACAACACGAACGAGAACUGGAUGCACGAUGCUGGCUUGAGAAAGCUCAACAUCGGCAUUGGGUUCAUGUUCGCAUCGGCUGCUGCCAACGGGUGUGUUCUUCCUUGCCACUAUCAGUUGGAAGAUGUACUGAGUCAUUGACAGAUUCGACGGAAGUCUUAUGAAUGGACUCUUGACCAUCAAACAAUGGCAUGACAACAUCGGAGACGUCAGCACAAGUAUCCUUGGCCUGAUCAUAGCUGGUAUCAGCUUGGGUGGUUUGCCAGCCUUCAUCCCAGCUGCAUAUGUCAGUGAUUGGAUGGGCCGCCGCUUCACCAUCGCCUUGGGCUCUUCCAUCAUGAUCGCAGCAGCUAUCAUCCAAGCUUCUACGAAUGGACCAUGGGCAUUCCUGGGCACCAAGAUCAUGCUUGGUAUAGGCCUUGGCUUCGCACAAACAUCGGCACCACCUUUGACCACCGAGAUCGCUCACCCAAGACACCGCGCCAACGUCACCAACAUGUUCCAAGCCAUCUGGUUCUGGGGCGCCAUUCUUUCGGCCGUCGUUACUAUUGGAACACUACACAUGAGUGGCAGCUGGAGCUGGAGACUUCCCGUCUUGUUCCAGGCGUUCUUUCCAGCCCUUCAACUCAUCGGUCUGACUUUUAUCCCUGAGUCCCCUAGAUGGUUGAUCUCCAAGAACAGACGUGACGAAGCUCUCGCAAUGCUCGUCAAGUAUCACGCCAAUGGUGAUACUGAGGAUGAACUUGUUCUCUUUGAAUUCAAGGAGAUCUGCACGGUUAUCGAUCAAGAGCGCGAAGCGGAGAAGAAUAUCGGAUUCAUGUCAUUCUUUAAGACCAAGGGCAACCGCCACAGACUUUUGAUCUGUGUAUUGGUCGGCUUCAUGAUUCAGUGGGCUGGAAACGGCAUUGUCUCCUAUUACCUUGCACCUAUCCUGACGAGCGUCGGAGUCACAGACGCAGUCUCACAAGCUGGUAUCAACCUCGGCCUCCAAAUUUGGAACGCCAUUCUAGCUGCCUUGGGAGCUAUGGCUGCCGAACGAUAUGGUCGUCGACCGCUGUGGCUUCUGUCAACCAGCGGCAUGCUGGCCAGCUUCAUCGUAGUCACAGCUCUCUCAGCUGUUUUCGCCGAGCACGGCACCAAAGUCGCAGGAUAUUGCGUGGUUGCGUUCCUCUUUGUUUUCUUUGGCUUCUACGACAUUGCCUUUACGCCUUUAUCCAUCGCUUACCCUGUCGAGAUCCUGCCGUUCGACCUGAGGUCCAAGGGACUAAGCAUCAACUUGACUGUUGUGUUCGCUGCUGGCUUCUUCAACCAAUAUGUCAACCCCAUCGCUCUUGAAGCUAUCCAGUGGAAGUUCUACUUCGUCUACAUCGCAACACUGGCGGCUAUGCUGCCAACUAUAUGGUUCCUGUUCCCUGAAACAAAGGGCAGAACUUUGGAGGAAAUUGCGGUUGUCUUUGAUGGCAUUGCUGCGGACCCUGUUCACUCAGAAACGUCCAGGGGAGUUCUGCGCAAAUCAGUUGAGGCCGAAAGCAUGACGGCUGGAGCAGAACAUGUCUGAGGCGUCUAAUGGAGACAUAAUUUGGAGGGUAGCUUGCAAGGGACUACGCCAAAAGUUUGAAGCUUUGUAUGAAAAGCAUUGUGAAUUGUUGUGCGUUUGGAUAUAUUCAUAAUUCAGAAUAGUUGAGAUACAGGCAGUACCGGAAUCAAAGGAUUUCUUAUGCUUUACACUUAAAAGCUUAUUGACGACUCAUCACACGUUAAUAACUACUAGUUGUGAACUAUGGCCGUUGACGUAGCAUUCUAGUCUACUAGAUUCAUCUCUUCAGAUUGUAGAUCACCAUCCGGAACAUCCGUGAUCUGCAACAGCCUUCCUGGCCCUGCUUGGCCCAAUGCACAUGCCAUCAUCUUCUCUCGCAACAGGGUUAGAAGCGCAGGGUUGGCUGUCGUUCGCAGCGAGGCGAUCAAGCUGCUCAGGGCGCAAAGAAUAUCUCGGGGACCAACAUGAGCCGAAUCUACAUCUGCAAGGUCAGGGGCGCAGAUGAUGACGUCUGCCACUGAAUUUGCG